AUGGAAAGCAAGAAUAUGAAGCCAAUUAUUAUCACUGAAAAUGUAUUACUUGAAGUCUACAUCAAGUAUCUCAAAGCUGAACAAAAGCUACCUGUUAAUAUUUAUUUGAUCAAUAGAAAAAUUAUAGCCCAUGAAGUACCUCUUUUAAACUAUGCAAUAAUAGCAGGAAAUGCAUAUCCAAUAUCAAUUGUUAAAGUUGACAACAGUAAGACUGUUUCUAGCUUAUAUGAUCUUUUAACAAGUUACUUUUCUUCACAAAGAACUAUUCAAUCUAUCUUGCAAUCAAAAUAUUUUUUAAAUUAG